AUGAACAUUUUACAUUCAGAUGGGUUAAAAAUAGCGGAGACUACUUUAUAUGCACAUCUGCCUAAAUCCAUAUCUGUUUAUGGAUUUGUUUUCGCUAUGAACAGAGGGAAACCACACACUUUAGAGGUAUUGGUGGAUACGUGGCCAGCUUUUACCACUAUCAUUGUUCGACCAGAUCCAAAUAAUAAUCGAGCAAAGGACUUUAUGAAGAAUGACCUAGAGCCCAGAUUGUCUGUCCUCAAUGAAUCACAUGCCAAUGUAGUUAAUAAGACUUGGAAAUUUGGUGGGGAUGACAAAGGUCACAGGAACAUCCUGAAUCUCAUUAGACAUUUCCCCACAUGCUGCAUUACAGAUGAGAACAAUCAGCCUGUGUCCUGGGUGCUGUUAUAUGAUUACUGUGCCAUGGGGAUAUUGUACACUCAGCCAGAGCAUCGUGGGAAGGGCUAUGCCAAAGCCCUGGUGACCACAAUGGCACAGAGGCUCCAUUCUCAGGGCUAUCCUGUGUACUGUUUCAUUGAAGAAUGCAAUCUGCUUUCCUACAAACUUUUUAAAAGCAUGGGUUUUUCAGUGGACCCCUCAUAUAGGGCUGUCUGGUAUGAAUUUAUUUCCGUGGCAAUAAACAGAGGUGUACCUAUGAAGAAAGAAGCUGUGUGCUACAUGUUGGUUCUUCGAGAUCCAUCAAAACUCUUACACGUUGAUAGUUCAUCACUGAAGCCGUCUUCUCUCAAUGAGUCUCAUGUUGAGCUAGUCAACCGUAGCUGGAAGUUUGGCUGUGUAGACAGCAAACUAAUGAUUAAGAAUAUGAUUUUGAACUUCCCCUCUUGUUGUGUCCUGGACUCAGAUGAUCAGCCGGUAGCAUGGAUUUUAACUUAUGCUUCCUGUGCACUGGGAAUGCUGUACACACUUCCAGAGCACAGAGGAAAAGGCUAUGCAAAAGCACUGAUCACCAUUAUGUCAAAGAGACUCCACUCUCAGGGUUAUCCAGUGUACUGUUUUAUAGAGGAAGAGAACCAUUUAUCCUACAGUCUCUUCACAAGCCUGGGUUUCACAGAAGAACCGGAUUAUAGGGCAGCCUGGUUCGUCUUUAAUGAUUUUUAAUUGGGUCCCAUCAGAGCAGCCAAUCACAGUUGUUUAGCUUCUGUCUGAGAUGCUAUAUAGAGUUAUGUACAAUGUUUUUUUUUCUUUUAAAAACGUCCACAAGGCCAC